AUGGGUAAACUUCUGACAACAGCAGGUGAUAUCGUGGAUUCAUCUAUUAGUUAUGCACAAAAAAUGUCGAUUCAAGGAAGAGAAAUUCAGCAUUAUGGCCAUGAGCUGGCUAUUGAAAACAUGGAAAAAUUAGAGGAAUAUCGAUCAGGUUUAGAGACGCAUUAUCUGGAAGGGUUAAAAAACUGGAAGCAAGAU